AUAUGGAGAACGCUUACUAUGUACUAGGCAUUUCCCAGGGAGAUCGUUUUUUCCUGCUUGAUUCCCAGGCUUUGAGUCCCUCCAAGCCCAAAUUUAAGGACUAAUCACUUCCCCUAGAGAUCGGGAAGCCCACUUCCCCAAAUAUAUCAUCCACUCUUCUUGCUGCAUCUUAAAACUCAAUUGAGAAGGGACAACUGCGCUCCCAUUUUACAGACAGAGCCAUUGGGAAAUUGAAAGUCAAAGCCGUUCAAGUCGCCCUCAGGAAACAGGGAUUUACUGCGGCACUGCCCAGCUGUCCCAGGGACUAAGGCAUAUCGUCCCCGCUAGUUUCUAGGUAUCUAGGGACCCAGACAUUAAUUUUUCUAGCUCGGCCAGGCGAACUUCCAGGGUACAGCCAGAGCGGGUAGGGGGCGAGAGGGAGGAGGAGGGUCGAAUCCAAUCCCCCAAGUGCCCCAUGGUAUUCGACACCUUGGCUUCCCCAUGGAUCUCCGGACUUUAAGUCCUUUAUCCCAAGGUCCCUUUAAAUACUUUGUCCCUUACCUGAGUCCCGCCCAGGGCAGGUAAUGGCAAGUUCCGCCCCCCUGCCAGAAACCGGGAUCAGGCUUGGUUACCGGGAGUGGGGCACCCUCCUCCUUAUCCCCUCCCCUCUUCCCUGUCCCUCUUCACAGCUGGCUAAGGAGGUCUCCAUUAAAGAGGAAGGGGCAGUGCUCACAUUUCUGGGCAGGUGUCUGGAAAAUAUGAGGGGCCACCCCUCUCUGCUGCUGCUAUACAUGGCAUUAACCACCUGCCUGGACACUUCACCCAGUGGGGAGACAGACCAAGAAGUGUUCCUGGCUCCGCCAGAGGCCCAGAGCUUCCUGAGUAGCCAUACCCGGAUUCCAAGAGCCAACCACUGGGACCUGGAGCUGUUCACACCAGGGAACCUGGAACGGGAGUGUCAUGAAGAGAAGUGUUCCUGGGAAGAGGCCAGGGAAUAUUUUGAGGACAACACUCUCACGGAGCGCUUUUGGGAGAACUACAUCUACAAUGGCAAAGGAGGGCGUGGACGAGUGGAUGUGGCAGGCCUGGCUGUGGGACUGACGUGUGGUGUCCUUCUCAUUGUCCUGGCUGGCCUGGGAGCCUUUUGGUAUCUGCACUGGCGACGCCGCCGAGGCCAGCAGCCCUGUCCCCAAGAGGCCGGGCUUAUCAGCCCUCUGAGUCCUUUGAGCCCUCUGGGCCCACCGACGCCCCUGCCUCCACCCCCACCCCAACCCCCAGGCCUCCCCACCUAUGAGCAGGCGCUGGCAGCCUCUGGGGUACACGACGCACCUCCACCCCCCUACACCAGCCUCAGGAGGCCUCACUGAAGAGCUGCUUUCGAGACCCGGCUCUCCGAACCGUGCCCCUGAUUCACACCGGAUUCCGGAAGCCCCUAGGCCUCGUAGACGCCGAAGCUGGACUUGGGGGGGCGGGGAUGGUGGGAGUAGGGGUCGCCCGGCCCGAGGCCUGCCCUGGCACACGCGUUUCCGCCGCGUAUGGAUAUACACAUGUUCUCGGCAACGUGUUCCCGUGUCCUGGCCCCUCACGGGCCCCCACACUCUCCUGACCGUGAGGGCACUGGUCAGUUCCGCCCCCGUGGUAGGCAGACGCGCGGGGAAAUUCGGACCCAGGAGCCCAGCCCCGGCUGUGCCGUCUUGUGUAUGGGCAGAUAUGACCUGACAGUCCCCUCCAGUGCCACAGGGUACGCACACGCACAGCCCCGCCUGUGCACACGCGUGUCUUCGUGCACUCCCUGUGCGGUACAGAGGCACUUCGUAACCCAGGGAAAGGGCGGGGGGCAUAUUUGCAAGCGUGCUCGGUGCGGGCAGGCUCGCAUUGCACCCAGGGAGCUGGAGUUGAGCUCUUCCCCUAAAUAAAAACCCUUCGGAAAGGAGACCAAAAAAAGCAGAAAUAAUGCAAAUAAUAAUAAUAAUAAUAAUAAUAAUGAACCGCGAUCCCGGGC